UCGAGUAUCACCGCCCACAGUAUCAUCAUCGUCUAGAGACGAAGUUUUGAGGACCAUGGCAUGUGCCCUCCAUGAUGCCGCACUGCGCCAACGGCCUGGCCUGUCUCGGGUUACAACAGCAAAGGGCGACUAUUCAUCGACAUGACCUGAUCACGCUGCUCGCCGGCCUGUACUCCACGCCUCGACACGAUCACCCCGGCUCCUCCCUUUCCUCCUCCUCCACCACCCUUCCCACGCCUCGUAUCGAGGUGCGGCCUUCGCCGGGCAGAGGUCUUGGUCUGUUCACCCUCGAUCGCAUUCCCGCCUUCACUCUCAUCGUGAAAGACGAUGCGUUACUCAGCAUCGCCGAUGGCGAAGACCUUCCGCAGCUCUGGGACAAGUAUGGCGCUCUGCCUCCGGACAUGAAGGCUAUCUUUGAUAAUCUGGCGUUCUCAUCUGAUAUAGCUGCCGUCGAGCCGACGAUGGUGUCGAAGUUGGAGCGUCGUGGCUACGCCAGCUCACAGGCCCACGCCAUGGCUCGCGUGAGUUCGCGUUGGCAAGCCAAUGCCUUCAAGACUGGCCAGCCCGUGUCCACCUCACCUGGAAGUACUACCUGGGCCUAUGCUCUUUUCCCUAACGUGGCUCGUAUCAACCACAGCUGCACGCCCAACGCCUGCGCACAUUACCGACCCCCGGGAGCGCAAGUCGUGUAUGCUGUGCGAGACAUUGAGCCCGACGAGGAGAUUGAGAUUGCCUAUUUCGAUCCGACCAUGCAAGACGAUGACCGGCAGGCCAGAGCGGCGGCUUGGGGAUUCAAGUGCUCGUGCCCAGCCUGCAUCGACGAGGGCGAAGUGGGAAGGGAGAGUGACUACGGCCUCGACCGUUUCUGCGUUCUCUCGGCUCUCUCUGUGCCCCCCAAUGUUCCAAUCCAAGCGGCUAUCGACGUUGCCCGUUUCUUCGACCAUCCCUGGCUCGCCAUUGCUCUUCCCAAGCUAUAUCUAGCCUUAUUCGAUGUUCUGUCCAAGCAGCAUGGCGAGAAAUCCAAGCUGCGAGAUGCUUUGCAGCAGGCUCUCGAAUGGCAGGAGAAGAUUACCGGGCCAGACAGUCCGGCCUCGAGAGACAGAAGGAAGGCGCUGCAAGAGUUUGAUAACAGGGCAUGAAUAAAGUUGAUUGCACGAGUUAAUGUUAUAACGACCGUUCGCCAAAUUUGGCUGUCUGCUGCCGACAGGGCUCGUCUCCUGCGUGCCAUCGAAGAAUACAUACGGGCAGGACGUAGACGCUGAUACCUGCAAUGGGCCGCAUGCUUCUGAGAGUGA